CUCUCUCUCUAUAACACCUAAGAAGGAGAAGCAACGUGAAGGAUGAGGAGGAAGGGAGCUAGACAAUGCAAAUGCAAAUCCUAAUCCUAGCGCUAGAAAAUAGUAGAGGAGAGUGUUGUUAAGAAGUGUUGGUGGAGGAAGAGAUCCUGCAACCAUAAAAGAAGAAAGCAGGCGAACCAAACCAAACAUACCAAAGCCAAGCAAAAGAAAGCCACGCCAUCCAACAAAAGCGCACCAAACUCGUAAAGUGAUCGGCGUCGUAUAUAGGGAGCGGCAGCCAAGGCCAUCGAGAAGGACAGCGGAGGGGAAGAAGGCACGCAGCCGCAGGCCGCAGCAAGCAACAGCUGCGACUGCGGCGAGCAGGCUAAGCUAAGCUAAGCUAAGCGACCUCCGUUCCAUCGCCCAACAGGCUACAGAGAGUGAGGAAGAAGAAGCAAGCAAGCGUUGUUUUCGCUCUCUCCAUCGAUCGACCUUUCGUGGGUGCGCACGCCACGCCAGGCAGCGGCGGCGGCGGCGGGGUGGGACGGUGACCGGUAAGUCUGUAUAAUAUAAAAGCGCGGAGGCCACGCACAGCGGAGAUGCAGCAGCGGCGCAAGUCGGUGUUCGCGUCGGCGCCGUUCGCGAUGAAGCAGGCGGCGCUGGGAGCCGGCGUGGCGGCGCGCAAGAACGGCGCGCCGCUGUCGCUGGCGGCGGUGGUGUUCGCGCUCUUCGUCUUCGCCACGUUCCUGUACAACGAGGACAUCAAGUCCAUCACCGACUUCCAGUUCAGCUCGGGCGCCAUCCGCGCCAAGUCCCCCGACCUGCACCUCCUGCAGGAGGCACAGGCCGCCGCGCACGCCGCCGUCAACACACUGGCCAAGCGCGGGGAGGAGGUCAUCGUGCGCGUCCUCGAGGCGCCCGUGUCGCAGUCGCAGGCGGCGCCCGUCAACACCACCACCAGCGUCGUCGUCGUCAAGGCCGCCGCCGCCGCCGCAGCAGCAGCAGCAGCAGCAAAGGCCAAUGCCAAGGCCAACGCGGUGGUGGACGUCGGGCAGGAGAAGGAGAGGGACGUGACGCUCCCGACCGUCACGGGCGGAGGCGGCGCCGACGAGGCUCGGCGGCGCGCGGACGAGGAGGUCGCCGAGAAGGCCGCGUCGGCCAAGGCUGCGGCCGCCACCGCCGCGCUGCGGACCGUGGUGAGCGUGCCGGAGACGUGCGACCUGUACCGCGGCAGCUGGGUGUACGACGAGGUGAACGCGCCCGUGUACAAGGAGGGCGAGUGCGAGUUCCUGACGGAGCAGGUCACCUGCAUGCGCAACGGCCGCCGCGACGACUCCUACCAGAAGUGGCGCUGGCAGCCGGCGGACUGCGACCUCCCGCGGUUCGACGCGCGGUUGCUGCUGGAGCGUCUUCGCAACAAGCGGCUGAUGUUCGUGGGUGACUCGCUGAACCGGAACCAGUGGGAGUCGAUGGUGUGCCUGGUGCAGUCGGUGAUCCCCAAGGGCAAAAAGACGCUGACAAAGUUCGUCAACGGCGGGUCCAGCAACGUGUUCUACGCGCACGAGUACAACGCGACGGUGGAGUUCUACUGGGCGCCCUUCCUGGUGGAGUCCAACUCCGACAACCCCAAGGUGCACAGCGUCCCCGACCGGGUCAUCCAGUGGCACGCCAUCGCCAAGCACGCCCGCAACUGGGUCGGCGUCGACUACCUCGUCUUCAACACCUACAUCUGGUGGCUCAACACGCUCGACAUGAAAGUCCUGAAGGGGUCCUUCGACCAGGGCUCCACCGAGUACGUGGAGGUGGACCGCCCCGUGGCUUACAAGGAGGUGCUCAAGACGUGGGCGAAAUGGGUGGACCGGAACAUCGACCCCAACAGGACGACCGUCUUCUUCAUGGGCAUGUCGCCCAACCACAUCACGCCUGAGGCGUGGGGCAACCAGGGCGGGAUCAAGUGCGCGAUGGAGACGCUGCCGAUCACGAACCGCAGCGCGUCGCUGGACGUGGGCACGGACUGGCGCCUCUACGCGGGUGCGCGGGAGGUGCUCCCGACGCUGCGCCGCGUCCCCGUCCACUUCGUCGACAUCACCGCGCUGUCGGAGCUGCGCAAGGACGCGCACACCUCGGUGCACACGCUCCGGCAGGGGAAGCUGCUCACCCCGGAGCAGCAGGCGGACCCCAAGACGUACGCCGACUGCAUCCACUGGUGCCUCCCGGGCCUGCCCGACACCUGGAACCAAUUCCUCUACGCCCGCAUCGCGUCCAGCCCAUGGCCCGCCGCCCACCAGCAGUAGGACCUGCUGCGCCUUCUUCUUCUUCUUCUUCUUCUUGCUCCGCGGGCCGGACGGCAUCUGGCGGACGACACACGGGCCUGCUGGGCUGGGCUCUCCGGCGGUUCUGCUCGAAGCUGAGCCCAGGACAAAGUUGCAUUGACAAAAAAACAAGGGAUGGGAUGCUCGCCAUCUUUGUUUCUUUUUCGCUUUUUUUUUUUACCAGUUUUUCUUUUGGUUGCGUAAAGCUGUUGUGCCCUGUUGUUAACCUUCGAUUCUUUUGUCGAACGAAACAAGUGGGAGGUCUAGGAUGCCUAGGAGAAAGCAAAAGCUGAGUAUGCAUCGGAUGUAAUGUAAUGUAAGGGGGGGAAGGGAAGCAAAGCGGGGGUACAUGUAAAGAAGAAUUUUUUGUGUUACAUUUUAUAUGCCGGCCAGUGCACCCAAGGUCAAGAGAGGUAUAAAGAUUACCCUCGUAGUACGAGGUGCAUUUGUUCUUCAA